AAAUUAACACGACCGAGAUCUGCAUGGGAGCUCGGAUACUUGGCAGCCCAGCUUUGGCAUGCAGACCAUCCCGCACGUGUGGGCUUGCUCCCUGUUACAGGACUAUCACUAACGCGGGAGGAACAACCGCGCGGAGCAGCCCGAACCGUGACGAGAAGACAAGCUGCCUCCAGGAAGCUCAGGGAGCAGAGCCCGUGGUUUGCACCGUUGCUGUCUGUCUGUGGUCACUAUAGAUUUACCAUACUUGACCCCCUUGAAGUAUCAGUUGAGAUCCGAACCCAUCUGGUCAGCCACCACGAGACUCUCUACUAUGACGAUUUAAAAUCGAUGAAGCCAGAGGAAGGGCAGCAGGGGAAAGCGAGGCACGGGCUGCGACUUCUCUCCUGCAGCCUCGCUCCGUGCCCCACGUCGCAGCCCACACCCACGUGGGCUCCCACCACGGCACCCAGGGCUUCGCGCCCGGGAAGAGCAUGGCACUGGCUGGUUUUUCAUGGUGCUUUUCCCAUGGAGGUGUUUUAUGGGGCUGGAACCUGUCUUUUGCCAAGGCUUUCGCUGGCCCCGAGGGGGAAAUGACAGGCUCUUGUCUCGAAGCCAACUCCAGGCUUGCAAGGUCCACCAGGCUGACGGAGUUGGUGACUCCCUUCCCGGGCACGGAGGUUUAGCUUGACACCGUCACGGUAGAGACGUUUUUACCCAGUUAUGCAGAACGGCUGAAAAUGGGAACCGUACGGGAAGGGUGGCAGGGUGGCAGAGCGCCGCGGCUUGCAGGGACGCGCGUGCCCGACCGCCGGGGAGGGAGGACGGGCUUCCCGCAAGCACCGUUACCAAGGAGACCCUGCCCUUGUCCUGAAAAGAGAUGGGAAAAAAGCACGAAAUGCAGUAUCAAAGACGCAUUACUGUGUUUUCAUGUAGUCCCUUUGGUUCUUUUGAAGUGAAAAUGUUUAUUUCUUACUCCCUUAGUGGGGCAGUCCUCUAUUUUCUUACAUUUUCCUGUGUUUUUGCUUCACACAGACUGAAUCCUGCUCCUAGCGCCAGUCAGAAACAGUACAAUGAAGCCAACCAAGGUCAAAGCUCUGCCUGAACUCAACAGGGAAACUGAAGAGAUUAUGAAAACAACAAUCUACUUCACAUGACAGCUUGUCUAAAACAGUGACACACUGAGAAGUUAAUCCCCGUUAGCUAAAGCUGUGAACGUAAAACCUUCUAGUUAAAUUACCUGUGUGAGAAGUAAAGAAUUCCUUACCUGGUACUGUAAGAAGAAACAGUAAGAAAUCGUUGUGACUUUUGUUCCAGUAUAGUCUAACAACUUGUCCACAGACCUGUUGUUUGGCAGUUUUAUAAUUUUUUUGUCACCUGUCGUCACGCCAAAGAUUCUGCUGUGCCAAGCGCUGUAGGUGCCUAUGACACGGAGAGCCUCUUGGGUUGAAGAAAUUUUUGGAGAGAGAAGGCACUAUUCUCACCUGCUCCUAUCCUUAUCUCCUUUUUUUAAGAAAUACAGAUGAUACUGGCAGCCCUAGACUGUUCUCAUCUGCUAUCAAGGGCAAAGGUUUCUUUCAAAUAUUAGGCAAAAAGCACAGGGUACCUUUGCAGGCUGGUUAACCGGCGCUACAGAAAUAGGAGUGAAUCUCUUGAGAGCCAUCCAACAGUAACCAGCUCUUUUUCUGCUCAGACAGGCAAAAUGAACCUUCAAGACUAUUUCUCAAGAAUUUGUUAUCAUGGGUCCCAUACAGAUGCAGACUUGAAAACCUUAACAGUCAUCUUCCAGCAUCAUGUCCAGGCGACUCCUUUUGCAAACCUCAGCGUGCACUGUGAGGAGGGCAUUGAUCUGGAUUUAGAGCCUAUUUACAAUAAGAUUGUGAGAAAGAAAUGUGGUAGAUGGUGCCUGGAAAACAACCACCUUUUAUUUUGGGCUUUGCAAGGAAUAGGGUAUGACAUCUCUGUUCUUGGAGGCAAUAGUUAUGAUCCAGCAGAGAGAACAUAUACCGUUGAUAACGUUGUCCUACUGAAGGGGGUGAUUGACGGCAAUUCCUACAUCGUAGACAGUGGUUUUGAUGGUACCUAUAAAAUGUGCCAGCCAAUGAUGCUGAUUUCUGGGAAGGAUCAGCCUCAGAUUCCUGGCAUCUUUCGCUUCAUGGAGGACAAUGGUAUUUGGUACUUCAAGAAAAUAAAAAGGAGGCAUUAUAUUCCAGAGAAAAGUGUCCCUUCAACUGAUACUCCAGAAAUGGGAGAGAUCAGAAAAAUAUAUUCAUUCACUCUUGAGCCAUGACAUAUGAAUGACUUCCAGGAGCUAAAUAUAUACCUACAGACAUCUCCGGAUACCUUAUUUCAGAAAACAUCAAUCUGCACUCUCCAGACCACUGAAGGGGUUUGUGCCUUAGUUGGAUGGACCUUCACUGAGCUGAAGUACAACUACAUGGAGGACAUGGACCUGGUGAAAAUCACAGCUCUUACAUAUGAAGAGGUUGGGAAGACACUGAAAGAUAAAUUCAGUGUAACAGUAGAGAACAAACUCAUACCAGUAAAUGUUCAUGGCUUGCCACCUAAUUUAGUGGGUAUGAUCUAAUUCUAACACUCAGCAAGAUGGGUCUUUAACUACUCAAUAUAAAAAUUUCUAAAAUUAACAUUAAUAACAUAUUAAGCUGAUUCUAAAGUUGAGCUGUUCAGAUGAACACAAGGCUUGGUAAAUUUAAGUACAUCAUUAAUUACUUGUCUAUAUCCAUUUCAAAUUUUUUCUUAAACUCCUCCUUCUGUACACACUUGAGACACCUUUAAUUUUCUUGCAUGGAAAUUGCCUUUUGUCUCUGUUAAAUUUUGUUCCAUCUCUCUAGCUUUCAUUUUAUUUCUGACAUAUUUUUGUGGCAAAGGAGACCAAUAUGAUAUUGGUAAGGAGAAGCUGUACUAGCAUUUUACACAAAAGACCUCUGAUGUUUUUUGGUAUGAUUCCCCAUCUCCUCCUCAACAUAGUCUUACAAAUUGUUCACUUUCUUGAGCAGUCUGAAAUAGAGAAUGGAAAUGAUUUUGGCCUUCAAGAAUCCAUAAUAAAUGAGAGGUUAAGCCUUUCUUAAAACAAGCCACUCUCUGCAGGUGCUGAUUAGCUGAUGUUGAAAACAAGUUGAAAGACUUGAGUUCUAUUACCUUACCUCAGACUGACUUCCAGUGAGCUAGUUUUGCAAGGGCACUUGCAAAAAAUGCUCUCCGAGUGUCCAAUUUUUGUAACUUUCAGUAUGUUUUUUUUCUGUUUCUUUGAAAUCUAAACAAAGCCAACAAGAGCUGAAGCUCUUCAACAGUUCUUAAAAAUCACUCAUUUAGAAUAAAAAAUGUAAACAAACAAAAUUAGAUCAACCUUUGAAAAAUACAGUCUAAACAUUUUGAGGCCUAACUUUCCUCUGAUGUUGAACAGGCAUAGCAAUAUUGUAGGCAAAAAGCUUUAUAUUUUUUAUGAAUAUUGUUCUACACAAAGGCUACAACUAAUGCUGCAAAAGAAAACACUGAGAAGCUAGGACAUGCCACCAGUGUGAUUUCACAGCGUGGUGUGCGUUGCACAACAGCCUUUUCACUCUCCAGUACUGACUCUUCUCCAAGGGAGCCUGGUCUCCAGCCCUGUAGAGGAUAUAUAACGCGAGAGGGUGAGGGAAGGAAAACUGCAGUUGCCAAGUAAGGGUCUUUCAUUCAUGAACAACAGAGCCUUUGAAUUUGUGCCCCUUCUUGAGGCAGCCUGGCUUGGCGGUUGGAAGCGGCUCCUUCUGCGUUGGAAGUCCGGCCACGCCACGGGGACGAAGCUUGCUCAACGCGCGCGUGGACCAGUCACGCUCACUGCUGGGGCAGCUGAUGUGCCUGAAACUCCGUUGCUUCCCAGAUACAGCCCAACGUGCCCUUCACCUUCCCCAGUGGGACCUCACCCUUACCGUCACUCGCUUUCCACCUCCAACAAAGACCAUGCAAGCUCGAAAGGGAGAGAUCCAAUAUGUCAAAGGUGCGGAAGGCCACAUUUUAGAGUGGAAACACAUUAUUUACUUAAUUUCAUAUGUAACACUGUGCAAAUAAAUAUUUGUAAUGGCAUUACAUGAGAUCGCUAGCAAAUGAGCAGCUGGUGCAGUGGAAGCUCUGAGCAGACCUGAAAAGUUGUGUGAGCAAAGAAGAGUCGCUCUGUGCGUCUGAGCAAACGU